AGGUCGAAAAUUUGGGAAUCACUGAUCCAAAAAUUACUCUAGUGGAAGAGCAAGGAAAACGACAUUCUCAAGUUGAAAUUCUGGAUACAAGAAUGGGAGUUCUGGCUCGACCAAGUGCUCGCAUUUUCCCACCGUUGUACGAAGAUCAGUUGGCUGUUCAUAUUGGAGCUGAUGUUGGCCCCCCUGUUCUCCGCGGCCGCCUUAUGUCUCGGCCGCUGCCGGACGCGGCAGGCGAGGGCCCAGCAUUGCUCCGCCGAACCGACGCACGCGCACCCGUCUUCCGCUACUCCCGUCGCUGGUCUCGCUUGGCUGUCGGUUGAUUCUCUUUGUGGAAUUCAUUAUGAGGUGGUAGUAACCAGCAACCCAGGCGUGUGGUCUGCCUUCCUCGAGACCCACGCGGCGUCGGGCGCCAACUCGCGAAUGCUGGCCGGCAUGGAGGGCUGCGUGCUGGAGCCCCAUCCUGCUGAGCUGGCAGCUCUGUACGCUGGCGCUGCGUACCUGGACCUGAGGGCGCCGGAUAACGACACUGCGUUGUUGCGCACGCGGUUACCACAGAUAAGCGUGCCCCAGUCGUGCCUGCCCUCACUGACAUGGCCGAUGGACAACAUACCAAAUGUCAACUACCCCCCGGAGCAGACAAACUCGCUGCCCACAGACAACUCGUUGCCAAACACUGCCUCGUGCUACUACAAUGGAAGAUUUUACGAAGACGGCGCCCAGUGGAUGUCGGCUGAGUCGUGUCACAUGUGCGGCUGCGAGCAUGGCGUCCUCCGCUGCGAUCCAGUGAGGUGUCCACCCGUCAACUGUGCUGUGCCAACUAUUCAGCCUCCAGGCCAAUGCUGCCCUAUUUGCACAAAUUCGACGACAGCGGUAUGGAACGAGUCCCACGGCUGCCACCUAGCCGGGCAAUACCAUGCGCCUGGCUCGUCCUGGCAUCCAUACUUGGUGCCGGGCGGGUACGAUACGUGUGCGGUGUGCACGUGCGAGUUUCCCACGCGUCAAGUGAAAUGUCCACGGGUGCGGUGCCCGCCGCUCAAGUGUUCGGAUAAGGAGGCGUACAGGCCCGACAAGAAGGCGUGCUGCCGAGUUUGUCCGGAGAAAAAACCUGAAGACGAAACGCUCAUCAAAGAUCAAGAAGGUGCGCCAAAGACUGCUGAAGAAAUCCUGGCUGAGGGAGGCUGCAAGUUCCCCUACGGACCGUUACCUAAUGGCAAGGAGGUGCAUCCCAAUAUACACUCGCACGGCGAGCAGCGAUGCGUCACAUGUCGCUGCAAGGACGGAGAAGUGACGUGCGUGAAGAAGCGGUGCGGGCGCGGCGCGUGCCUGCGCCGGCGGCGGGGCGACACGUGCUGCGCGUGCCCGCGCCACCGCCGCCAGCGCGCGCCGCGCCUGGCGCGCCCGCCGCCGCCGCCGCCGAGCUGAGCGGCGGGCGCCCGACCCGACCCCUGCUAUGUCAACAUCUGCGGCUAGCGGGACCUGACGCCGCUCCCGCACGGCGACUCCGGCGGGUGUUUACAUGACACGGGUGCCCCGGCGUGGACCCGUCUAGGACGGCUCGUAGGCUAAGUGAGUGAACGCUUCGCUCUAUAGACUGAUAUAUUUUUAUGUACUCGUGCGAUUCGAAUGUCUAGUUGUAGUCGGCGGUCGCGCCGCGACCGCGUCGGCCCGGGAUUCCGAUCGACGGACGAAUUUUAGCUUUACUGUGUAUUAUUCGGCGAUGAAUAUUUACUUACCCACCGGUAUUUUAAUUGGUAUUAUGAUGUCACGAAAUUUUGUAGGCGCAUUACACGCUGACCCGACAGUGAACACGUUUAGAGUAUUAGAGCUCGCGCCCGGGAGUGAGAGAAGGCGAGCGGUCGAUAUCGUUGAAGAUGUGCCAUAUUCUCUUAAUGUAAAUAUAAAUUAUUAUUUUUUACUAUACUCAUGUGCAUAUUUAUUUACGAUUGUAACGUGUAUGUGCGUCACGCACGCUUAGGUAGUCGUGUUUGAACCAUCACAAGCUAUCAUUGGAUUGGUCGCCUGAUUUGUGCAUUUGCUUUUAGUUUUAUGUAAGUACAGUUAACUAAUUUAAUUUGUAGUCCCCUGUGGAAACUUUUCUGAAGGUGCUUUUUAGUCGUAUGUGCGUAAGUAGCAGUCAAUUGUUUCACAGUCUAUGAUUUAAAGUUUAUGCUGAUUUCGACUGAAAAGCACCAUGCCACAACACGUUUAUUGACGUGUUCACAGCAGUAUGAUGAGCUUGCACAGCGGCCUACAGGUCAACUUUGAUUGAGUGUACGUAUGCCAGUGCGUGAAACAGAGUCACACACAGACUCCUCAAGCGACAGAUAUUGUUAUUCGUUCAUUAUAAGUAAUUAUGUCACGUAGGUUAUAAAUAGGUGCAGAUAAGUUGCGGCGACCGACAUCUCGUCGCCGGAAUGUGAAUGUGUAAAUAAUUUAGGUAUCACUUUACGUUAAUGUUUAAUUGCUGCAUAGUGAUUAACGUUUUGCAUUGUAUAUUAUUUUAUACUGAUUACAUACGGAUUGUACUAUGGUUCAAUAAGUAGGUAGCGACUAGUUUGAUUAAUUACUAGGUUAACGAUUAGUUACGUAAUUAAGGAAGCUAGUCCAAAUGUUCGAAGGAGGAAGCCAGGUAGCCAAGAACCAUUUUGAGAAAUCAUUUUACAAUUCAUUAUAAGUUACUUAAGUAAUACUUUUAACUUAAGGAUUUAAAAUUAGCCAUAAAGAACAAAAUUCACGUUAUUGUGGGUUCUAGUCCAUCAAAAUAUAUAUUUGAUUUUGUGAUUACAUUUUAUGUUACGGCUAUAAAUAUGUGGAUGUCUGAUGGAUAUCACUAGGCCUCGGAGUUUUUAUUGCACUGUAAGAAGACGUUAGCGAGCAGUGGAGUUGACAUUAGAAGUAAAUUGAACCAUACUCAUACACUUUACAUAUUUAAUUUAUGUAACCAACUUCUUGGGCACAAUGCCUCAGCUCCUUAGAUUUAGAUUUUUAGUUUAAUUCUUAUUUUUAAUCGGUUAUGAUAUUUA